AUGGCGGCCUCUCUCGCACUGCAGGACAAGGUAGUCCUCAUCACCGGCGCGAGCAAGGGCAUCGGCCGGGCGAUCGCGCUCAAGGUCGCCAGCCUGGGCGCCAGAGUAGUCAUCAACUACAGCCGGGACUCGUCGGCGGCCGAAAGCCUGGUGUUUGAGCUCAACAACAUUGCAGCGGGCCGCCAGGGGGAAGGGCAAGGCGGCGACCGGGCGCUCGCGGUGCAGGCCGACGCGGGCAGCGUGGCGGGGAUCACGCAGCUGGUCGACGCGGCCGUGGCCAAGUUUGGGCGCAUCGACGUGCUGGUCCCCAACGCGGGCAUCAUGCCGCUGCAGGACCUUGCGCACACGACCGAGGAGCUGUUUGACCGCACCUACGCGCUCAAUGUCAAAGGCCCGCUGUUCCUCGCGCAAAAGGCGGUGCCGCACAUGGGCUCAGACAAAGAGACCAGCGGUCGGAUCAUCUUUGUCUCGACGGGCGUGGUGCGGUCGAGCGCCGUGAACCCGCUCUACGCGCUCUACGCGUCGACCAAGGGCGCCGUGGAGCAGAUCUCGCGGUGCCUGAGCAAGGAGCUGGGCCCCAAGGGGAUCACGGUGAACUGUGUGGCACCCGGGCCGACGGGGACGGACCUGUUCUUUGAGGGCAAGAGCGAGGCCAUGAUCAAAGGGAUCAGUGCCGCGAGCCCGUUCCAGCGGCUCGGGACGCCCGAGGAGAUUGCCGGGGUCGUGGCGUUCCUGGCGGGCGCAGACAGCGCGUGGGUGAGCGGGCAGGUCCUGGGGGUCAAUGGGGCUGCAUUUGUGUAG